CGUCUCUCUUUCAUUCUCUCUCUACCAGUAAAAAACAACUGUGGGUUUCUUUCUCUCACUUCGUCUUCCUCUCUCUCUCUCUCCCUAGAAAUUCUAGCUGGGAAUUUUUCCCCGCCAUUCGAUCGACCUUGCUACGACUAGAUAAUUUGAAGGAAAUUUUGAAGAUUUUGUGAAAAUGGUGUUGCACAACUAUCCACUGUCCGAUCCCCUCUGCUCGAUCUGUUUCUGACACUGAAUGUACCACCGCCUGAACCUCUUUGAAAUUGCCCUCAAUUUGGGAGCGGUUUCCGGAUUUUGUUUCAUUCUCUGAUUUUGCGUUUCCCUGGGGUUUCCUUGGAGUCUGAGAGGGAUUCUGUGUUGUGCGUUUCUUCAUUUUCGGAAUGAGCAGGAAUUUGGGGUGUGGUCUUGGAAAUGCCGAAACAUAGGAUGAAAUGAGUCAGACAGAAGUAUCAAGGAUUAAACCCCCUCUCGUUCCGCUUGCUACCUUGAUUGGUCGCGAGCUGAGGAACGAGAGGGUUGAGAAACCUUUUGUGAAGUAUGGACAGGCUGCUUUGGCAAAGAAAGGAGAGGACUACUUUCUGAUUAAACUUGAUUACCACCGUAUUCCUGGAAACCCUUCUACUGCAUUUUCUGUUUUUGCGAUUUUUGAUGGGCAUAAUGGCAUAUCAGCCGCUAUCUUUGCAAAGGAACAUUUACUGGGUAAUGUUUUAAGUGCAAUUCCUCAAGGGGCCAGUCGAGAAAAAUGGCUACAAGCCCUUCCUCGAGCAUUAGUUGCUGGUUUUGUCAAAACUGACAUAGAGUUUCAGCAAAAAGGGGAAACUUCUGGAACUACUGUUACAUUUGUUGUGAUUGAUGGGUGGACUGUUACAGUGGCGUCCGUGGGAGAUUCACGGUGCAUAUUAGACACCCAAGGAGGUGUGGUUUCUCUAUUGACGGUUGAUCAUAGGCUGGAGGAAAAUGAGGAAGAGAGGAAACGUGUAACUGCGAGUGGUGGUGAGGUUGGGAGGCUCAAUGUUUUCGGCGGCAAUGAGGUCGGUCCUCUCCGCUGCUGGCCUGGUGGCUUAUGUCUUUCUAGGUCCAUUGGUGAUACAGAUGUAGGAGAAUAUAUUGUCCCGAUACCGCAUGUUAAGCAAGUGAAGCUUUCUAAUGCUGGCGGACGACUAAUAAUUGCUUCUGAUGGUAUAUGGGAUGCUUUAUCGUCUGAUAUGGCUGCAAAGUCUUGUCGUGGUUUACCUGCAGAGCUUGCUGCUAAGCUAGUUGUGAAGGAGGCUCUGCGGUCGAGGGGGUUGAAGGACGAUACAACUUGCUUAGUUGUUGAUAUCAUACCAUCCGAGCAACCUAUAUUAUUACCACCAACUCCAAGGACGAAGCAAAAUGUGCUCACCACACUCUUUGGGAAGAAAUAUCAAAACUCUUUGGGCAAAUCUGCAAAUAAACUUUCUGCUGUUGGAGUGGUGGAGGAAUUGUUUGAAGAAGGUUCCGCUAUGCUUGCUGAAAGGUUAGGCAAAGAUUUAGCGUCAGAUCCAAACUCAGGGAUCUUCAAAUGUGCAGUUUGUCAAGUGGAUCAACCCCCAAAUGAAAAUUUGUCGAUGAAUUCGGGGCCUUUCUUUUCGCCAUCGUCAAAGCCAUGGGAAGGUCCGUUCCUCUGUGCAACAUGUCGAAGAAAGAAAGACGCCAUGGAAGGAAAAAGGGCGACAAAACCUACAAUAACCGUCUAGUAAUUUAUCCAUCCCAUAACAUAGUAUAUGUUGAUAACUCCAUAUAAUUUUUUUUUUUUUUUCCCCUCAUCUGGCAGUGUGAGCAUGCUUGUUUUUUUGGCUUUCCCUGUGGUGAUUGUUAUAGAUGCGUGUAAGAAAAUGAGAGGGUUGAGAUAAAAAAGAAAGAGUUGGUAGAAGAAGAAAGAUGUUUUGGAGACACUUCUAAAAAGGUUGCUUUCAUUUGGUUUCUUGCUCA